UUGAGCCACACCUUUACAGACUCCGCCUCAUACCUGUUCACUUCAGAAUCGGUAACAGAGGGACACCCGGACAAGCUCUGCGACCAGAUUUCGGACGCGGUUCUUGAUGCCAUCAUCGCCGACGACCCCAGGGCGCGCGUCGCCUGCGAGGUCUGCACGACGACGGGCCUUGUCGUCGUCAUGGGCGAGAUUACCACCACCACCUACGUGGACAUCGCUGCUAUCGUGCGCACAACCAUCCGCGACGCCGGCUACAUCGACUCCCGAUACGGCUUCGAUUACCAGUCCUGCGGCAUCGCCGUCUCCGUGCAUGAGCAGUCCCCGGACAUCAUGCACGGCGUUGACCGCGCCUCUUGA